GUUUUGCAAAAGCCAAACGCAUCACUCGGUCGUUUACUAUUUGGCGUUGGUGAUCUGUGUUGGUUUGCUCCGCAGUACUUCAGUUCUGAGGUCGUUGAUACUUUCGAUUCACUAGCAGACCCCCUCGCAGCAGAUUAGACAAGCGUGCAAAAAACACGUCUACAGCUAAAAAUAGCAGACCAAAAAAUUGCUGUUGUUAAAAAUAAUUCGCUCGGCGCAUUCGAAACAAGUGAAGUGACGUGAAUUGUAAGAUUUCGUACGAACAUAAAUACCGUACGCAUUUUUCGAGUUGCAAUUGUGCUCAAAAGAUUACAAAAUGAGAUGUUAAAAUAAUUAUAGUAUAUGCCUCGAUGCAUACAUACAUACAUACUACAUAGACGGCAGUACUGGCGUAGCUGAGGCGCUUUGGCUAAGGCAAGCAGGCAGGCAGGCAGGCAAGGUGGCAAAAACCCAAUGUGACAGUUGUGCAAUUUAGGAAAAGGGUGUAGUGACGUGUAGACGAGUGCUCGGUUCACAUAACUAUAUAAAAUUGCAACAACAACAAAAGUAUACUUAUAUUAAAAGAAUAUUUAGUAAAAUAAAAUCGAAAUCAACAAAACAAAAUAGAAUUUCUAGCUCGAAUACACACUGAAACCUUGUAAUUACAGAUUUAUGUGACACAUGCGAACAAACCAAAAGCAAAGAAAGAAGAAAAGACCGAGGGGUGCAACGUGUUUUGUGUACACAGUGGGCAAACACAUACAUACCUACAUACACAUAUGUACAUACAUAUGUAUGUACGUAGAUUGAUUUGUUUGUUCAUAAAUACCAACCAGUGAGUGUUUCAUAAAAUUUUAAUUUAGUGUGUAAUGAUUUGUGUGCGAUUUGUUUGCUGAAGUAACUAAAUACAACUAGCCAAGGCGAGAAGAACAACCGAGCACAGAAACAAGCCCCUUCUAAAUUUCUUCUGCUGAGGUGCAUGUCAGUAAAUCCCGAUUGCUGAACGGAGAGGAUGACAGCUGCAGUUAUGGCUACCGAUACGAAUUGGGAUCCCGCGCUUUCGAAACUCAUUACAUCACUAAAGGAGGCGGAAAAUCUCUCCAAUGACCAGGAAAUCGAUUUCCUUAAAGCGCUACUCGAAUCGAAGGAACUGAAUGCGCUCGUCAAUGUGCACACCAAAGUGGCCAAGGUGGGUCGAGACGAUCGACUGGCGCCGGUGCUCUCCACAUCCGGACAGAUAUUGUACGAAGUGCUGGAGCAGCUAUCACAACGUUGCCACUUGAGCGAGGAGUGCAAAGAGGCCUUUCAUUUGUUGCAAGAAUCGCAUUUACAGAGCCUUUUGUAUGCUCACGAUGCCAUUGCGCAGAAGGACUUCUAUCCACAUCUGCCGGAAAUACCGAUUGAAAUGGACGAAGAUGAGGAAACAAUUAAAAUUGUGCAGCUGGUGAAAAGCAAUGAGCCAUUGGGCGCCACAAUCAAAACGGACGAAGAAACUGGCAAAAUAAUUAUUGCGCGUAUCAUGCAUGGCGGUGCUGCCGAUCGUUCUGGACUGAUACACGUUGGCGAUGAGGUGAUCGAGGUGAAUGGCAUUAAUGUGGAAGGCAAAACACCAGGGGAUGUGCUGAGUAUUUUGCAAAAUUCCGAAGGCACGAUCACUUUCAAGUUGGUGCCGUCAGAUGGCAAGGGUGGCCAGCGCGAGUCUAAGGUGCGUGUGCGUGCGCACUUUGACUACAAUCCAGAUACGGAUCCUUAUAUACCUUGCAAGGAGGCCGGACUGGCGUUUCAACGUGGCGAUAUUUUGCAUAUUGUAUCGCAGGACGAUGCUUAUUGGUGGCAAGCUCGCAAAGAGUCUGAACGCACUGCCCGCGCUGGUCUGAUACCCAGUCGCGCGCUGCAAGAGCGGCGUAUUAUGCAUGAACGUUCACAAUUGGAGGCGAAUGAUGCCGACUCAAAGAAGGGCUCUUGCGCUUCCAUAUGCACCACCCCGCCCGGUACACCCAUAUUGCAUACUAGCAGUAGUACCACCUCAUGUCGCCAGCCUAAAACUAAAAAGAUUAUGUACGAUUUGACAGAAAACGAUGACUUUGAUCGUGAAAUGAUCGCCACAUAUGAAGAGGUAUCCAAAUUAUAUCCACGUCCGGGCGUUUACCGUCCUGUAGUGUUGAUCGGCGCACCAGGCGUGGGUCGCAACGAGCUGAGGCGUCGCUUAGUGGCGCGUGAUCCGGAAAAGUUUCGCAGCCCAGUGCCAUAUACUACACGUCCGAUACGUACCGGCGAGGUAGCUGGUCGCGAAUAUAUAUUUGUGGCUCGCGAAAAGAUGGAAGCGGAUAUAGCUGCGGGCAAAUUUAUCGAGCAUGGCGAAUAUAAGGGUCACUUAUAUGGCACCUCUGGUGAAAGUGUGAAGUCGAUUGUGAAUGCCGGCUGUGUCUGUGUGCUGAGUCCACACUAUCAAGCUAUCAAGGCAUUACGCACCGUACAAACGAAGCCCUUCAUUAUCCAUAUAAAACCUCCGGAAUUCGAUGUCUUGAAGAAGACACGCACUGAGGCGAGAGCCAAGUCGACGUUUGAUGAGAGCAAUGCUCGAGGUUUUACGGACGAAGAAUUCAACGACAUGAUCAAAUCAGCUGAACGCAUUGAUUUCCUCUACGGCCACUUUUUCGAUGAAGUCAUCGUGAAUGGCGAACUAUUGACGGCCUUCGAACAGCUAAUGAACACAGUGCAACGCAUAGAGAAUGAGCCACUGUGGGCACCCGCUGCGUGGGUACAAUAAAAUGGCUGACUGGCUGUGCAACAAAGCGCGAAACAACCAGAAAAAAGACAAACACUGCUGAUGAA